UACUAUAAAGCUGAGGUCUGCUAAUGCGUCAACCCUAUCAACAGUUCUGUUAUUCGAGUUACAUGAAAAAGCAUCUAAAAUAUUUUACUUCUCUUUCAUAUACCCAAUCAACUUACGACAUUUUCUAACGUCAAACAAUUAAAAAAUUUAAAAAGAAUUUUUAAAUUGCUUUAAAUUAUUUCGUGAAAGUUUAAAAUGUCUAACCAAGUGUAUUCUGGCUGCUCCACAUACCUAAAAAGUGUUCUUCAAAACGGCAUAGGAAGAUAUAUUUGCCAACUUCAGCGAGUAACAUUCAGAUUUUCUAAAAGCCACGGUGGUAGUAGAGGAUUGCGUGAGUUUUUAGAGAAAGACUUGAUGGAUCUUGUAAGAAAUAAUCCUGGCGUUGUUGUGUAUUUAAAACCUCGCCGCAUUGGUCCUCCCAGUAUAACAGCUGAAUAUCUUAAUGGCCAUUCACACUAUCAUUCUUUUCCUAGAAAGCCUAGAGAAGAAAUUGUUAAAUGGGUUGAAUAUAUGUUUACCCAAUCUGGUUUUCCUACAUCACGUUUUAUAAACAAUCAUCACACAGACACUCCCAGUAUUCAAGGUGUCUGGACGCCAUUUACUCACAAACCUACUUGGUUAAACAUGACACAAUUUCCAAACGAAGAUUUGUCCAAAGCCAAGACAUUUUUUCCUAAUGCUACAGAACAGCUUUUGGACAUAGCAUCAAACUGCAACUCCGAGACUGUGGAAACUGAACAUAUCAAAUCAACUGAGUAAACGAAACAAUAGUUUUUAAUUUUAUUUUGAUUGUUUAUCUGUUGUUUUGGUCAAGAUUUAUAAUAGAAAUAAAAUGCUAGUUUUUAUCAGAACAGAUAUAGUGAUUGUGAUAAUAAACGGUAUAACAUUUAAAAUAAAUUGUUCAAAAUUA